CUGUGGUUGUUACUUGUUUUGUUUGCGAUUAUUUUAGAUUUAGAGGUUAUUUGCCAUCUCAGUCUAAUAAAACUUCAUUAUUUUCUAUAAAGUUUAUUCUAUUAUUUUAUUGUGUUAAUUAAAAUAUAACAAUUAUAAUAGCGUUUAUAAUUGUAACCAGGCUAUCGUGAUUUUGUGAGCAGUGUCAGUAUGAGCAGCGAACCUCAAGCGAAGCGUACGAAAAUGAGUGCCUUAGAUCAAUUGAAACAAUUUUCGACUGUGGUAGCUGAUACCGGGGAUUUCGAAGCUAUGAAAUCCUAUAAGCCGACUGAUGCUACUACCAACCCCAGUUUGAUACUAUCGGCAGCUGGUAUGGAGCAGUAUCAACAUAUACUUGAUAAAGCUAUCAAGUAUGGCAAGGAAUGUGGAGGAACCAUCGAGGAACAGUUGGGUGAGAUUUUGGACAUGCUGAGUGUUCUCUUUGGUUGUGAAAUUCUCAAAAUUAUCCCUGGAAGAGUAUCAGUUGAAGUUGAUGCAAGGUUAUCCUUUGACAAGGAUGCCAUGAUGGCUAAAGCAAUCAAAUUGAUUACAAUGUUUGCUGAGUAUGGUGUCAAGAAGGAAAGGAUCCUGAUCAAACUCGCCUCAACGUGGGAAGGAAUCCAGGCUGCAAAGGAGCUAGAAAAGAAGCAUGGCAUCCAAUGUAACUUGACUUUACUGUUCUCAUUGUAUCAAGCUAUCGCCUGUGCUGAGGCCAAUGUCACACUGAUUUCUCCAUUUGUGGGAAGAAUUUUGGAUUGGUACGUGGAACACACAAAGAUCACAUACGAGGCGAAGGACGACCCGGGCGUGCUGUCCGUGAUGCGCGUGUUCAACUACUACAAGAAGUUCGGCUACAAGACGCAAGUGAUGGGCGCCUCGUUCCGCAACACGGGCGAGAUCCGCGAGCUGGCCGGCUGCGACCUGCUCACCAUCAGCCCCAAGCUUCUGCAGGAGCUGGCCAAUAGCGAACAACCUUUGAAGAAGGCGUUGGAUGCAAAAACUGCUGCUCAGUAUGACAUUGAAAAGAUCUCGUUAAACGAAGCCCAAUUCCGUUGGCACCUCAACGAAGACCAGAUGGCUACAGACAAAUUGUCUGACGGCAUCAGGAAAUUUGCGGCGGACACCAGGAAACUCGAGUCUCUCAUUAAAGCGAUGCUUGCGAAGAAGUAAUCGCAGCAAACUAAUAGUACGAGAUCCGGCAUAAGGAAUAUAUACUCUCAUCAUUGACCUCUUAUAAUAAGGAAGGAAUAAGGACGCACAAUCAUGUAGAAAAUUUCACUUAAAAACUGGCCAAUUUUGUUUUGACAGUUUUAGAAUUAUUGGUAAAUAAAAUUAUACCUUUAAGGCCUUUAAACACAGUCCAAUAUUCGAUAAAAUCCCAAAUUCAGAGCAAAUUCAACUUUAAGUAUUGAGUUUAAGGUUGAAUUUGCAAAUGCGACUAUUUGAAUUGAGUGUCAAGAAGUUGUGUUUGGCACUCAUUGAGUGGGGUCGUUUUUUGGUCGCUAUUGUUUAUUUGGGAUAAUAAAAUAAAUUAUGAAAAAUAUUCACAUUGACACAUUGCAAUAGGUUGCCUAGUAAAAUUACGCCCGGUGAGUAAUAAAAGGUUAUUGUUUUUAUUUAAUUUAUUUAAUCUACUUGCCUCUUUGUUUAAAAAAUAAAAAACUUACACUAGUUAAAAGAAUAUACCCAACAUAAUUUAAAACGUAAAGGUUGCCAGCUUUCACAUAGCAGAUAUAAACAGUUAAUUGAAGUUAUAUAAAUAAGAUACCCUCAUCAGUUAUUUUAUCUAAUAUGUCAAAUGAAAACUUAUUUUAUGCUUAAUUUAACUAUUAUCGAUCUAGUUUUAGUUUUUUUGUAUAAAAAUGUGUUUGGCCACAAUUUAACAAUGCAAUGUGUCACUGUGAAUAUUAUCUAUCAUUUAGUUCAUAGCACUAAUAAAUAACCAAUGAGGGUAUAUAUUUCUAAUGCCGGCUCUUAGACUAUAAAUUCUUAAGUUGUAAGCAUUCCCAGUUUUACAAGUAAAUAUGUAUGGAGUGACGUGCAUAAGGUUUUUAACUAGGGUAUGCACUAUAGGUACAUAGUGGAAAAUUCCUAUCGCAAUACAGGUUUGUAAUGAGUUUUAGGGUAGGCAGGGCAUUUUGCAUCUAUGGUGUGCACGCCACUGUAUGAAGUUUAAACUAAACGAGAAUUUAUCAACUCGGGGUGUAUAUCAAUAUUGAAGAAUUACUAAAGGUUGGGGUAUUCAUAGCUAUGUUUCUUCAAAUCGCUGGAUAAAAUUCUAGACAAGCCUUCUUUUAACUAUUUUAAUAAAUAAAUGUGAAAGAUCUAUUAGUGGGUUCAGUUUGUUUACAGUAAAAUGCGUUUAAUUUUAGUGUUUUCCGUUUUCUAUUGGAUAAUGUAUCUCGUUUAUUCCUAGAAUUGUGGUUACUGAUAAUAAUUGAUUAGAGUUUAAGAGUAAUGUGUAUUUACAAAAUGGUCCAACAUUCGUUUUUUUAUACAUUUACAUGUUUUUGUUGUAAAAAUUUUACAAUGCCUAAUUUAAUUUAGGUGAUGUUUUUUGGUAAUAAACUAUUUUUAUAUUU